GCCCGCCUCAAGCUUUCCAGCCGCCCAAAAUGGCGGCGUCAGCGAGGCUCCCUUGCGCGGGGCUGCGCUCCCUGAGGCGCCUGCUGCUGGGACGCCCCUCGCACCCCGGGCGGCUGCCGGCGAGGGGGCUCCGCGCAGGAGUAUGCCUUCAACAGCAGGAAGAGUUUACCUCUUUGGAGGAGAAGCCACAAUUCCCCGGUGCCUCUGCCGAGUUUGUAGACAAGCUAGAAUUCAUCCAGCCUAAUGUCAUUUCAGGGAUUCCCAUCUACCGAGUUAUGGACCGACAGGGGCAGAUCACCAACCCCAGUGAGGACCCUAAGCUUCCCCAAGAGCAGGUGCUGAAAUUCUACAAGAGCAUGACACUUCUCAACACCAUGGAUCGGAUUCUCUACGAGUCCCAGAGACAGGGUCGGAUUUCCUUCUACAUGACCAACUACGGGGAGGAAGGCACCCACGUGGGCAGCGCAGCGGCUCUUAGUGACACCGAUCUGGUGUUUGGACAGUACCGUGAAGCAGGUGUACUGAUGUACAGAGGGUACCCUCUGGACCUGUUCAUGGCACAGUGCUACGGCAAUGCCAGCGACACUGGGAAAGGCCGUCAAAUGCCUGUACACUACGGCUGCAAAGAUUUGCACUUUGUCACCAUAUCAUCCCCACUAGCUACGCAGAUCCCACAAGCUGUUGGCUCCGCCUACGCCAUCAAGAGGGAGAACACCGACCGGAUUGUCAUCUGCUACUUUGGGGAGGGUGCGGCCAGUGAGGGUGAUGCCCACGCAGGCUUCAACUUCGCCGCCACCCUUGAGUGCCCCAUCAUUUUCUUCUGCCGCAACAACGGCUAUGCCAUCUCCACCCCGACGUCUGAGCAGUACCGGGGCGACGGAAUAGCUGCACGUGGUCCCGGCUACGGCAUCCAGUCCAUCCGGGUGGAUGGCAACGAUGUCUUUGCCGUGUACAAUGCCACCAGGGAGGCCCGUCGCCGGGCUGUUGCCGAGAACCAGCCCUUCCUGAUUGAAGCCAUGACUUACAGGAUUGGACACCACAGCACAAGUGACGACAGCUCCGCCUACCGCUCGGUGGAUGAAGUCAACUAUUGGGACAAGCAAGACCACCCUAUCUCUCGUCUCCGUCACUACAUGGUGGGCAGAGGCUGGUGGGAUGAGGACCAGGAGAAGACGUGGCGAAAGAAAUCCCGCAAAAGGGUGAUGGAAGCCUUUGAGGAGGCAGAGCGCAAGUUGAAGCCCAGCCCUCAGUUCCUCUUCUCCGACGUCUACUGCGAGAUGCCCUGGCACAUCCAGAAGCAGCAGGAAUCCCUGGAACGCCACCUCAAGCAAUAUGGCGAGCACUACCCGCUGGGCCAGUACGAGAAGUGAGCCACCUUUCCCUCACCUCUCUGCCCUCCAGCAACUGGGACGUGCAGGAGAUCUGGCUCAAGCCAGCGUGCAAAGAUUGUGAGAGGUUUCGUGUUCCGGGGCAGCCCCUUCCUUCUCACAGUGGCGAUCUUGUGGCUGAGAGACUCCCCACUGGGGGAUCCCUUCUGGAUACUUUGGGGUUGAAGGGCUGGCCCCUGUAAGCUGUGUUGUUGGGCCCCACCCAGGGGCUUCAAACUAGCUUGUGGUAGCAGCCCAGACUGUUACUUUGCCCCAGUUUUUUGAAUCUGCUAGUUGCACAGAGCCUGUUUAAAGCACACAAAACAUCCACGGCUCUCCUGCUGUGGAUGUGAAUUGCCUUAUAUCUGCUGCUUCCCUGACUCUUCUCCUGCUCCUGGUACCUUUUCCCUCCACAGUUCUGUCAUUCAGCCAGAAAUUGGGCAUAAGCUAGCAGGCAGAACCUUGAUUUCCCCUGUAGGGGCAAGCAUUUUUGCCAAAUGGAUCCCUAAUGCCAUCGUAAAUGUCUCCGGAACUGAAUACCGCUUUGGUGGAAUCUGCCGCUAGAAGUAAAGAUGCCCUGUCUAGAGUGGGAGGCCGCAGUUGGUGUCCUGUCUGGGAGUAAAUCCAGGCCCUCUUUGGAUAGUGUCUUUUGGGUGAUAAAUGACAUUUUAAAGGGAUGUGAACCUCAAGCUUGUCAUCUGAUUUUUGAGGGGUUUUAGCAGCUGGGGAGAGUAAUGCUAAAAGAAAAAGUUACAGCUGUCUUGCCUGGGCUUCUUUUCCUCAGCCCUUUCCCCGAUCUAAACAGGCACCUUGGGGUGGGGGCAGAGCUCUCUUGGUCUGUUACGCUUGAAUCGGAAGUUCUUACCACUGAAAAGCAACGGUUCUAUUUGGGCUGCUGGGGGUAACAAGUGUCUAGGCAAAUGUAUGCAUAAACAAAGGGGCACAUUGGGGAAUUAAUAAAACUUUCAUGGGCAUUUGCCUCUAUGCAAUCUGCUUUUCGGCCAGUGAGAAUCUGCAGCCAGGGGUGCCACAUCCUUGGUUGGGAUAGUUAUCAAAAUGGGUGGAACCCGUUUGGCAGUCACUUGGGAAGGAAAGAAUGGCACUUUGCACGUGUUCAGAGACACUCUGCCUUCGCUUCACAGGAGUUAGGGCUUGCACCCUAAAUCGAAACAAGCUGUGGAGCUGAGCCCUGAUGAAUUCAUGUUAGAAUGAUUAAAACUGCAGUAGAGCAAAGUUAGCUGCUUCAUCUCAUCUCACCCUGACUGUGAUGAAUAUUCUACAAAAUAAAAUUCCUUCCAGUAGCACCUUAGAAACCAACUACGGUAAGUUUGUUAUUCGUAUGAGCUUUCGUGUGCAUGCACACGAAAGCUCAUACCAAUAACACUUAGUUGGUCUCUAAGGUGCUAAUGGAAGGAUUUUUUAAAUUUUGUUUCAACUAUGGCAGACCAACACAGUACCUACCUGUAACUAGAAUAUUCUACAGUUGCACUACAGCGCCAUAGGGUCGCAUCCAAUGCCAGCCCUCCUCUGAGUAGACCUACUGAAGUUAAUGGCCAUGACUAAUGCAGAUUUAUUAAUUUCAGAGGCUCUUGUCUGAGUAGAACUUAGUUGGAAACAGGUACUAGGUACAGAAUCCAUCAUCUUCAACAUCUUAGGGCAAGUUCCUUAAAAUUUUGUAUCACAGCAUACUUUCCUAGUUUACUUGUUAUUUGCUCACUGCCUCGUUUUACCACCUGUCAGCCAUCAUGUGGAAGGACACUAAAGAUUCCUUGGCCAUCUGCUUUCCUGUCUACAAGCCUGUUCUGUCCCUUUGAUACGACCCGUCACCCUUCCAUUUUUUGCCUCAGCUGCUUGCCCCAGCCAAAAGGCAGACUUUUUGGUUUAUAAAACACAACACUGAAAACAGCUUGCCUCCCUGCUACACCAUCAUUUAGGAACCACUGCCUUGCUGCAAAAUAAUAGUUUAGCACUAGGUUACUAGCCUGGUAUUUUAAAAGCACUUGUGAAUACUUUCCAAAGAGCAGCAACAAGUUUAACUUCCAACCAUGGCAGACAUGAAUCACAUGAUCAAGACACAGCACCUGAGGCAUAUUUUAUUAUGAUAUCUGUACAUCACUGCAGCUGGGAGAAAUAGUCUUCCCUGCUCUUUAAAUAAAUCACAUGGAAACACACGAACCUCGCUCAAAUUUCUGUGUAAGAUGCAGCCAAGAAGGCAGCAAUUAAUAGCCUGUGAUUUCAUAGAACACACCUAUUUUUUUGCCAUUGAUGAAGGUGGACACUUUUCCUUCAGGUGUAUUUAAACACUAGGAGGCUGAUAGCACGGACAAGUUUGCUGGGCUCCUUUGUUCAUCCAAUUUCUCUGGGUGCCUUGGACCUGGAGGUGGAGCUAGCCAGGGGGGUGGGAGGGCGAUGUCAACCCCCCCCCCCGGAUGACAUCCCGGCCAGGCCGCACCCACCGCACCCCCCUUCCUCUGCCAGUGCUUGGACCUAGGAGAUCGAGGACUGUAGAGGGGAAAUGCUUGUAGUGGGAAAAACAUGUCAGAUAAUACAGAACUCAUCAGCAGGAUCCACCCAGCCAGAUCCGGCAUUGGGGUGAGGAAGGUGAGGAAGGAGAGCCCAACCCAGAAUCAGUACCACUCUUACUCGGCCCAUGUCCUGAGCCUUUAAAAGCAGCCUGACAGACAGGUGUGAACCAGGCAGAGGUUUCCACAACACUUAAGUCUUUCUGAAGCAAGUGUUGUAAAAACUGGACCUGCUUCUUUUCAAUGUGUCCCAAGUACUAUCCUGCUAAAGAUGUCAGCCUUCAGAUCCGAGUGGUUGUGCAUGUCUGCAGCCCUCCUUGUUUCAGCAGGAAGAAAACUGCAUUCAAGUUGCAUGUUGGAUUUUUAAUAUUUCUGAUUAGCUGAGCCAGCUCUGGUACAUGAGCUGUACAGAAUCCCACUGUGUGAUCAAAGAGUUUGAUUGAUUGAAAGCAAAUUUGACAAGCACCUGAAAUGUACUGGUAAGUACUCAAAGGCCAUCUAGUCAAACCACUUGCCAUUGCAGGAAAUCUAUCAGUGCGACAUCCCUGGUAGGGCUGCAGACUUUCAUACCGGAAAAAGUGUAUAGCAAGUGUUAAUCCUCCAAAUAUUUUUUAACCUGGGCGAUCUGAAAGACUGAGUUGUUUGCCCUUCCAAAUCUGAAAAUUAUCAUUCCCUAACAUUGAGCUGUUGCGAUAGAAUUUCUCCCUCCUAAUUUCACAUCCCUUUAUGCAUGUUUAGGUUUCUUUCUAAAGGCAAUGGCAGCUUGGAGAUUUGUUCCCCACACAAUAAAAUAGACUUAACAGAUUGGAGAACUGGGCCAAAUUAAUUUCAAUAUGAACAAAUGUAAAGUUCUGCACUUAAGGCAGGAAGAACCAGAUGCACAAAUAUAAGAUGGCAGGGGACACACCUGGUUUACUAACAGUACGUGUGAAAAAGGAGCACAAGUUUAACAUGAGUCAAUGUGAUGCAGCAGCAAAUAAAUAAAUAAAAAUACUAAUGCUAUUCUAGACUGCAUCAACAGAAGUCUAGUGUUUUGGUCAACGGAACUCGUGGUACCACUGUAUUCUGCCUUGGUCAGACCACACCUGGGAUACUGUGCCCAGUUCUGGGUGCCACAAUUUAAGAAGGAUAUGGACAAGCUGGAACAUGUGCAGAGGAGGACAGCCAAAAUGAUCAAGGGUCCGGAAACCAAGCCUUAUGAGGAAUGGAUGAGGGAGCUGAGUACUGUAUGUUUAGCCUGGAUAGGAAGAGACAGGAGAUAUGAGAGCCACCUUCAAAUACCGUGUUUCUCCAAAAAUAAGCCAUACCCC